AUGUCUCACGAGUCUCUCAUUACACACCUGACCCUCUUGUAUGAAACCUUCGCCGCUCUCCACUAUAUCUCUUCGGACGACAUCUGCUCCCCACCAACCACCGUAAAUCUCGACGCUGCCACCGAAGCCGGUCUCUCCUCCGACGUCAUAGCUCUCUUGCAACGACUACCACAACUAAACCCUGGCCUCAACACUCUGCCAAUUCUCCCCGAUGGAUCUCAAAUCGUCUGCUACGACGAUGGCGACCUAGACUGGUCACGACGACCCACAUUCCAGGAUGUACCAGAAAUCUCCAAAAAUGCUUUUGUGCUCAGCAAUCCGAAUAUCCACGGCACAUCCUUGAUCUACGAUACUGUUUCAGAAAAACUGCUGCCGUGGGAAGCUUGGGGAAAACAUGUCGACUUCGAAAUUGCAGAGAUCGAGAAUCCUUUCGAGAUGGAUGAUGCGAAACCGGUGGAGCAAAUGUUGGCCCGGUGA